AAUAAAUGUUGAUUUAUGAAAUAUACAAAUAAAACAAACAUAUUACCGAAACGAAAAGUGCCCAAUAAUUUUUGAAGCAGCCGCGUGCAAUUUGAAAAUUGAAAGCAGAGCAACAGACAACGAGAGAAAGGGAAUACAGAAACAUCCAACGUCGGCAGCGACGUCAACGUCAACGGCGUGCGAUGUCGUUGAAUGCAAACGGUAAAAUAUCAUUCACCCAACAGAAUUUCGCAGCCGCCUCAACAGCAGCAAUAACAACAAUAAUAACGCACAACAUUUACUGCGUCGCAGUUUUUACCGUUGAAGAAGAGAAAGGAGCAGAAGAGGUAGCCAAAGCAGCAACAGCAACAGCACUUCUUGUAGGCGAAAAGCGAAUUUAUAUGGAGAGAAAAAGAGAAUAACAGACACGAGGACGACACUCAAUAAUUAUUAAAGCGCAUUGGCAACAACAAAAGUGGCCAUCGUUUGUUGUUGUGUAUUUGUGUUGUGCGAAGAGAAUUGCGAUUUAAACAAAUACGUGAAAUUGUGAAUUUGCGCAGCAUAUAGAGAAAACUUGAUUCACAUAUAUACACAUCCACAUAGCAUAUAUGGUCUCAAGUAAAGCAGACAUCGUUCUCGCAAGGAAACGUUAUUGAACUGAACGCACGGACGGACGGCGCAGCCAGCAGAAAGAGGAGAAGGAGGCGGGGGGCUUGUUCUGCUGGCCGGGCGUGUGGUGGCGGAGGAGGUGGGGUCAACAACAAUACCAACAAGAACAACAACAACAAAAAAAAGCAGCAACAACAACAAUUAACUGAGACCAACAACUGUCCACCCACACACUGAAACCCCCACAAUCUUGAUCUGUCAACACACAGUCACAAAAAUGAUCUCAAACAAGAAAACGUAUGCAAUGAAAAUGUUGCAACUGGCACUGGCCUUGAGUCUGUUGCAUGCGGACACGGAUUAUACGCGCAUAAUCCGCUUGCGUCGCUGGGAUGCCCAACUGGAGUUACCCCAUGGCGUCGGCUGGGAAUUGGAAAUGUUGCGCACCGUGCCCAUGAUUGAGACCCAACAGCCGUAUGGCAAUCGCAAGGGUAUAACGCUGCCGCCACCACUCCUGGACGAUCUGUUGGGCUACGAUGCUGAUGAUGCACUGCAUUAUCUGGUGGAAGCAGCGGGCGCAUCGAGUGCCAAGGAAUACAAAUUGCCCACGGGCAGCUUCAAUGCCAGCACCUUUGUUAUGAAUCUACACAAUACGACUGGGAAUAGCAGCGUUCAAACUGCUGCCUUGCAGGAUUUGCAGAGUAGUCCGGGCAGUGGCGCCACCGGUUCGUCGACGGCUGGGGCCGCAGUAGCGGCUGCCGCCGCCUCGACGGGUAAUGUGGCGGGUGCAGCAGCAGCAGCUGCAGCACUCGGUGAAAUUCACAUUGAUACCACGAGUCAUCAUCAUCUUAAUAAUAAUAAUAGCAGUACACCGGGUGUUGGCUCGCCGGAAUUGGAUAUAUUUCUAUCGCCCGAUCUACAGCAGGAUCAGCGUUCGAUUUGGGAACAGAACAUCGCCGAUUUGCAUGAUUAUGGGGAUUUGCCGUACAGCAGUCCGUAUGCCCAUCUACCGCUGAAGGAUGGCCAGAACAAUAACACCCAGCAGCUGGACCUCAGCCUGGCUGCCUUCCUGAACGGCUUCGCAGGCAAUGCCCUGCCACAUCCCUCAGCAGAUGCGCCCAACGCACUCAACGACAGCACGCCGCAUCCCAGCAAUGCGGGCAGUUUGACUGUACAACAAUUCGGACCGGAUGCGGAUGAGGACGAUGAGGGGGAUCUGAUGCUGAGCCAGCUCUUUGGCGAGAAUAACUCGGAUAUCGAAACAGCAGCGAAUGCCUGCGAAGUGGAAGGACUCACCAGCGACGAACCCUUCGGCAUCAUCAACGAAGUCGAAGUCGUCGAUGAGGAAAGCGAAAUCGCUGAAGUGCUUUACAAGCAGGAUGUCGAUUUGGGCUUUAGUCUCGAUCAGGAGCAAAUUAUCAAUGCCUCCUUUGCCAGCGGCAACAGUGCCGACAAGCAGAGCGCUCUGUCCGAGGACGAGGCUAAAAAGGAUCACGCCGAGGAUACCGUUAAGGAUGCCGACAAUAAUGAUGACGCCGAGAAACUAAAGGCUUUGACCGAUCUACAGCAAGAUGAGCCGUCGCUUGAUCUGGACGAUUUGCCGACUGUUUGGAAAGGAAUUCAAUUUACUAUUGAUAAUGAAACUGGUGAAUACAUACGCUUACCGUUGGAUGAGUUGCUCAACGACGUGCUGCAACAACUUCCACUCGAAGACGAGGAGUUAGUGAACGAUUCGGUUGCAUCCACAUCGCAGGCUGCUGCUGCUGCCGCUUUGGGCAGUCAACCGGCGACGCGUAUUGUUUCGGAGACUGGUGAAGAUUUAUUAUUUGGAUCCGAUCCGAAUCUUAAGUGCAGCGACAAGGAUAACGAGGCCAGUUUCUCUUCGAGUGAUUUUGAGGAUCUGCAGGAUUCGGUCGGUUCGAAUCUGUUCGAUUUAGAUGAGGAGUCCAAAAAGGAAUUAGAUGAAAUGUUGCAAUCCACAGCACCGCCAUACCAUCACGGCCCCCAUCCCCAUGCCCAUCACUCGCACCACCAUGCUGCCGCCCACCAUCAUGCCCACCAUCAAGCGGUGGUUGCCCACCAGCGAGCGGUGCAGGCGAGCGCCAACUAUGCCAGCAUGGGCAGCUCCACCGGCAGCGCCUUUCAGCGUCAGCCGCCAACUCCAGCUGGAUUCCAUCAUCAGGGCCGCAUGCAGCGCUUGAAUCGUAGCGUCUCCAUGGAUCUGGCCACCUAUUUCAGCCCCAUACCGACCAUGGGCGUGGUCGGUGGAGUAUCCGAUAUGCCGCCGUAUGCAUCCCACUACACCGGCUACUCGUAUCAGGGUCCAACUGGCGCUGCUGCUCCAGGAAUGCCACCCAGUGCUGCACAGCAAUAUGGACAGGCUGCUGUUGCAGCACCAUCUUUGCCGCCACCGCCGCCGCCGCAUCACAGUCACGGACACAGUCACGGUCACCAUGCGGCAAUGUUGCAUGCGAACUCCACUUUGGGCGAUCUCUGCUCCAGCCAGCCGCACUAUGGCCACAAUCUCGGCUCUGCGGUCUCAUCCAGCAUGCAUUUGACCAACGCCAGCCAUGAGGCUGAUGCAGCUGCCUCUGCUGCUGCCGCCGCCGCUGCCGCAGCUAGUAGCAACUACAAAAUGGAACAUGAGAUGAUGUAUUAUGCGAACACCUCGUCGGACAUGAAUCACACGGAUGGCCUAAUGAAUUCCUUUUUUAACGAUGAGGAUCUCCACUUGAUGGAUAUGACGGAAAGUUUCUGUCGCAUGGUGGACAACAGCACAAGCAACAAUUCAUCGGUGCUGGGUCUGCCCAGCAGUGGACAUGUCAGCAACGCGGGCAGCUCAACAUUGAAUGGCGGGAGUCAUGCGAAUCCCAAUAGUGUAGUUGCUGUUCCGGGUGCUAUUGUUGCUGGUGGCAUCACAUCGAUGAGUGGUGCAACAGGAGCUGCUGCUGGUGCCGCUGCUGGGGUCGUUGGUGCCACUGGUGGCAUGACCAGCGAUCUAUUGGCCAACGCUGCUGCUGGCGCUCAGGGUGGUGGUGGUGCACAGGAUCGCUUGGACGCGUCCAGCGACAGUGCCGUUAGUUCGAUGGGAUCCGAGCGUGUUCCAUCGCUUUCCGACGGCGAGUGGGGCGAGGGCAGCGACUCGGCACAGGACUAUCAUCAGGCCAAGUACGUUGGUCCCUAUGAUUUUAGUUACAACAACAACAACAACACCAAUACCAACACUCGCCAACCGCCCGUGGCACAGAAGAAGCAUCAAUUGUAUGGCAAGAGGGAUCUGCACAAACAUACCCCAACCGGAGCAACGCAGCAGCCACCAGUGGUGCAGCAGCAACAGCAGCAGCAACAACAGCCGCCGCCGCAGGUGCAACAACAGAGCAUCAAGUAUGAAUAUGAGGCAGGUGCCGCUGCGGCAUUCAGCGUUGGUGAGGCAGCCGCCAUGGCGCCCACUCUGACCAAGGAUUAUCAUCAGGCGUAUGGCAUGAGUGCGGCGAGUGCUUUCACCGCUGACUAUGGCAUGCCACGCCCCGCGCAGGGCAUUGUCAACCUCAAUCACACCUAUGCGCUGCCCCAAGGAACGGGCGGAACUCUGCCCCAGGGCAGUGGGUCGCUGAGCAGACCACAUCCGCGGGACAAGAAGCUAAUUGCAGGCAGCAAACAUUCAUCGAAAUCCGGGGAGGAGAAUCUCACCGAGGAUGAGCAUCUGUCGCGGGAUGAGAAGCGGGCACGUUCGUUGAACAUACCGAUUCCGGUGGGCGAUAUCAUCAAUCUGCCGAUGGAUGAGUUCAAUGAGCGUCUGUCCAAAUAUGAUCUGAGCGAGAAUCAGUUGUCGCUGAUCCGUGACAUACGGAGACGUGGCAAGAACAAGGUUGCCGCACAGAAUUGCCGCAAGCGCAAGCUCGACCAGAUCCUGACGCUCGAGGAUGAGGUGAAUACGGUGGUGAAGCGCAAGUCGCAAUUGAAUCACGAUCGCGAUCAUCUCGAGGGCGAACGCAAACGCAUCUCCAACAAGUUCUCCAUGCUGCAUCGCCAUGUUUUCCAGUAUCUGCGCGAUCCCGAAGGCAAUCCUUGCUCACCGGCUGAUUACAGCUUGCAGCAGGCUGCUGAUGGUUCCGUUUACUUGCUGCCACGCGACAAGGUCGACAACGGCACGACAGCAACAGCUGCUGCCAGCGCCGUUUCGGCCAGCAGCAGUAGCGUUAAUGGCCAACAACAACAGGCGCCGCAGCAGCAGCAGUCGUCGCUGCACAAUCAUCAGGGUCAUCAUCAGGCAGCACAGACAAUGCCGUCAUUGCAGCAGCAGCAGCAGCAACAACAAUCGCGCCUGCCGCCACACUUGCACCAGCAGCAACAGCAGCAAACGGGUCAUCAUCAACUGUUGCCACAGCAGCAGCAGCAGGCGCCACAUCAGCAUCAGCAUCACAAGGAAUGAAAGUAUCUGCUGCGAAUUGCCGCAACAACGGGUUGGUUGUCGAACUUUCAACAACAACAGCAGCUUCAGCAGCACCAGCAGCAGCAAGAGCAAUUGCAGCGGCAACAGCAGCAGCAGCAACAACAACAAUUUCAGCAGCAACAGCAAACGUACGAUUAUCGCUACGAUUUGUACAACAACAGUUACCUGUAUUACUAAGCCACGUUUGCUGCUGCUUCUGUCUGUUUGGCACAUUCUUAUAAUAUUAAGUUGUUGCUUGUCUGUCGCUUGUACGCAAUAUGUUGCAGGCAACAUUUGGUUGCACACAGUUCUGCUGCAAAGCCGUCGUGAGUUCCUGCAAUGGAAUUCAACUCAUUUUUAACUUAGUGCACAUCUCUCUUUCUCGUCUCUCUCUUCUCCCCCUCUCUCUUCUGCUCCCCCACUUAUGGUUUUACUUAGUCAACAAAGUUUGUUAUUUAUUUAUAAAUCCUUUUAAAUUCCCUCAUUUUUUUAUAUAAUUUUUAAAUGCUCCUUUCUUGGCACCCCUUUUCCUGAAUGAUUAUGAAACCCACAGCGAACAUUUUAAUGCCUUGUGAUAAAUAAUUUGUAUAACUUUAUGAAAUCUACAUCAUUUUGUUAAAAAAAAAGCAGCUGCUGACAAGCAACAAAUUAUUGAAAAUAAAUUUGUAAAACCCUCUAAAAAAAAAAAAUUACAAAAAAAAUCCUUAUACGCACACACACACACACAUAUAUAUAUAUAUAUACAAAGAAACUAUCAACGCGUCGUCCAACAGAAAUAUGAUGCUAAAAAACCAUUUACAUUUAAUUAAGAUUAGUUUGUAAAUUAAGCAAAAAGUGAGCACAUGUAUAAAUAGCUAUUAGACACAAGUUUUGUAAAGGUUGGAAAAAAAAAAAUAUAUAUAUAUUGCUGGACAUUUUAUAGACUCGCUAUUAAGACACACAAAGUAAGAAGUAAACCAUACAAAAAACAACACAGCAUAUUAUUUACUAAUAAUUUAAGGUAAAAAAAUAAAAAUAAAACAAAAAACUGUAAAUACAUACAAAUUAAUUUAGACUACUUAGUGUUUAUCAUCAAUGUAAUCCACUCGAGCAUUAGGCGAGAGCUAAUUGUAAAUUUUACUUAAAUCGUAAGGAAGAAAGUAAGCAGCAACCACAAAAUGAGGUUAAUGAACCGAUUCGUUCAUAUACAUUAAUUAAGUCCAAAACAAAAUAGAGAAAUAUUAAUAUUUAAUAUUCUUGCAAUAUCCUAUUGCCUAACAAAAUGGUUUAACUACAUAGAAACACGAACUUAUUUAUAAAUAUUAAAACAGAUCAGCUAAGAAGAAAAAAAAUACGGAAAGAAAACUAUUGUUAAAUACACCUAAUGCAUAUAUAUAUAUAUAUACGCAUAUGUCUACAUAUAUGUAUAUUUAAAUUGUUGCAAUUAAUUUCGCGCAUCUCAAAAUAAUUAUCGCAAAGUGAAAAAACAAAAACCAAGUGCGCAAACAAAAUAUACAAGCAAAACACAAAAACGCGAAAUUAUUUGUUGUAAAUUGUACUAAAUAUUUACUUACUAUGUCUAUAAACAUUUACACAAACACACACAACACACAUACACUUACAUACGUAAUGAAAUACAUUUACAUAUAAUAUUAACAUAAAUUUAUAUAAAGUAAAGUACUUAUGUUCUGAAUAUUUCAAGCAUUUCUUUCAUUUAGCGACGCAACAAGUCCAGUAGAAACAUUUUAGAAACGCAUCGCCAGAGUAGAGCAGCUGAUAAGGAUUAUCUAAGAGUUCCUUAAUCGAGAUUUCGAGAUUACAAAUCGUUAUACUAUAAUGCAAACAACUUAAUUGAUUACUUUUUGACAAACAAAUGAAGGAAAUAUUUGAAGGCCGAACAUAAAUAAAUCUAGUACACACUUGUAUAAAUGUU